CUCCCUCCCUCCCCCGCCACCCCCCUCACCCCGCCUCCUUCCCUCUCCCCACCCCCAAACCCUCUCACCCGCGGCAGUCCGGUGCGAGGCCCCCUCCGGAAGGUGAAGGGGAUGGAUUGGACUCCGCUAGGGAAAGCGGGUGUCUAGAAGUGGUGCUAAUGGGAAGAGAUUUCUGGUUUCAAAAGAGGAUGCUCUGCCACAAAGAGCGGCUCGCGCGCUGGCCUGGGCUCUAGCCGAGGAGAGAUCCCGGGAGAACUCCAGAGCUCGGGGGGAGCGCUCCUCGGAGGACGGGGGUCAACAUGCCUGUUCGCAGGGGGCAUGUGGCACCACAAAACACAUUUUUGGGGACCAUCAUACGGAAAUUUGAAGGGCAAAAUAAAAAAUUUAUCAUUGCAAAUGCCAGAGUGCAAAACUGUGCCAUCAUCUACUGCAACGAUGGGUUCUGCGAGAUGACUGGUUUCUCCAGGCCAGAUGUCAUGCAAAAGCCGUGCACCUGUGACUUUCUCCAUGGGCCUGAGACCAAGAGACAUGAUAUUGCCCAAAUUGCCCAGGCAUUGCUGGGGUCAGAGGAGAGGAAAGUGGAGGUCACCUACUAUCACAAAAAUGGGUCCACUUUCAUUUGUAACACUCACAUAAUUCCAGUGAAAAACCAAGAGGGCGUGGCUAUGAUGUUCAUCAUUAAUUUUGAAUAUGUGACAGAUGAGGAAAACGCUGGCUCCCCAGAGAGGGUAAACCCAAUAUUACCAGUCAAAACUGUAAACCGGAAACUUUUUGGGUUCAAAUUCCCUGGUCUGAGAGUUCUCACUUACAGAAAGCAGUCCUUACCACAAGAAGACCCGGAUGUGGUAGUAAUUGACUCAUCUAAACACAGCGAUGAUUCAGUAGCCAUGAAGCACUUCAAGUCUCCUACAAAAGAGAGCUGCAGCCCUUCUGAAGCAGAUGAUACAAAAGCCUUAAUACAGCCCAGCAAAUGUUCCCCUUUGGUGAAUAUAUCGGGACCUCUUGACCAUUCCUCUCCCAAAAGGCAAUGGGACCGACUGUACCCUGACAUGCUGCAGUCAAGUUCCCAGCUGACUCAUUCCAGAUCGAAGGAAAGCAUUUGUAGUAUACGGAGGGCUUCUUCAGUUCAUGAUAUAGAAGGAUUCAGUGUCCACCCCAAGAACAUAUUUAGAGACCGACAUGCCAGUGAAGACAAUGGUCGCAAUGUCAAAGGGCCUUUUAAUCAUAUCAAGUCAAGCCUCCUGGGAUCCACGUCAGAUUCAAAUCUCAACAAAUACAGCACCAUUAACAAGAUUCCACAGCUCACUCUGAAUUUUUCAGAUGUCAAAACUGAAAAAAAGAAUGCAUCCCCUCCUUCUUCAGAUAAAACCAUUAUUGCACCCAAGGUUAAAGAUCGAACACACAACGUGACAGAGAAAGUCACCCAGGUCCUCUCUUUAGGAGCAGAUGUCCUGCCAGAAUAUAAACUCCAGACACCACGUAUCAACAAGUUUACAAUACUGCACUACAGCCCCUUCAAGGCAGUCUGGGACUGGCUUAUUCUGCUGUUGGUCAUAUAUACUGCUAUAUUCACGCCCUACUCUGCAGCCUUUCUCCUCAAUGACAGAGAAGAACAGAAAAGACGAGAAUGCGGCUACUCUUGUAGCCCUUUGAAUGUGGUGGACUUGAUUGUGGAUAUUAUGUUCAUCAUAGAUAUUCUAAUAAACUUCAGAACCACAUAUGUAAAUCAGAAUGAAGAAGUGGUAAGUGACCCGGCCAAAAUAGCAAUACAUUACUUCAAAGGCUGGUUCCUGAUCGACAUGGUGGCAGCAAUUCCUUUUGACUUGCUGAUUUUUGGAUCUGGUUCUGAUGAGACAACAACAUUAAUUGGUCUUUUGAAGACAGCUCGACUCCUUCGUCUGGUGAGAGUGGCCCGGAAGCUUGAUCGCUAUUCAGAAUAUGGCGCUGCUGUUCUAAUGCUCUUAAUGUGCAUAUUUGCCUUGAUUGCUCACUGGCUGGCUUGCAUUUGGUAUGCAAUUGGGAAUGUAGAAAGGCCCUACUUGACAGACAAAAUCGGAUGGUUGGAUUCCUUAGGACAACAAAUUGGGAAACGUUACAAUGACAGUGACUCAAGUUCUGGACCAUCCAUUAAAGACAAAUACGUCACAGCACUUUAUUUUACCUUCAGCAGCUUAACCAGUGUAGGAUUCGGGAAUGUGUCUCCUAACACCAAUUCGGAGAAAAUCUUUUCAAUCUGUGUCAUGUUGAUUGGCUCACUAAUGUAUGCAAGCAUUUUUGGAAAUGUAUCUGCAAUUAUCCAAAGACUAUACUCGGGAACUGCCAGGUACCACAUGCAGAUGCUUCGAGUAAAAGAGUUCAUUCGCUUUCACCAAAUCCCCAACCCUCUGAGGCAGCGGCUUGAAGAAUAUUUCCAGCAUGCAUGGACAUACACCAAUGGCAUUGACAUGAACAUGGUCCUAAAGGGUUUCCCAGAAUGUUUACAAGCUGAUAUUUGUCUACACCUCAACCAGACUUUGCUGCAAAACUGCAAAGCCUUUCGGGGGGCAAGUAAAGGUUGCCUUAGAGCUUUGGCAAUGAAAUUCAAGACCACCCAUGCACCUCCAGGAGACACCCUGGUUCACUGUGGGGAUGUUCUCACUGCACUUUAUUUCUUAUCCAGAGGCUCCAUCGAAAUCCUCAAAGAUGACAUUGUGGUAGCUAUUCUGGGGAAAAAUGAUAUAUUUGGAGAAAUGGUUCAUCUUUAUGCCAAACCUGGAAAGUCUAAUGCAGAUGUAAGAGCUCUCACAUACUGUGACUUGCAUAAGAUCCAGAGAGAAGACUUGUUAGAGGUUUUGGAUAUGUAUCCUGAGUUUUCCGACCACUUUCUCACAAACUUAGAGUUGACUUUUAACCUAAGGCAUGAGAGUGCAAAGGCUGAUCUCUUACUACGAUCACAGUCUGUGAAUGAUUCUGAAGGAGACAACUGUAAGCUACGAAGAAGGAAAUUUUCAUUUGAUAGUGAAGGAGACAAAGAUUUUGGCAAAGGGAACAGUACAAAAGGUCCCGAAGACUCUGUAGAUACCAUAAGACAUUAUCAGAGUUCCAAGAAACACUUUGAAGAGAAAAAAAGCAGAUCUUCAUCUUUCAUCUCAUCCAUUGAUGAUGAACAAAAGCCUCUCUUCUCAGGAAUAGUAGAUUCUCCUCCAGGAAUAGGGAAAGCAGCUGGACUCCAUUUUGAAGAAACAGUCCCAACCUCAGGAAGAAUUCACAUAGAUAAAAGAAGUCACUCUUGCAAAGAUAUCGCUGACACCAGAAGCUGGGAGCAAGAAAAUGCGCAGACUCAGGCUGAUGAGUCUAGCCCCUCAGCACUUCAGCGAGCUGCCUGGGGGAUCUCUGAAACCGAAAGUGACCUCACUUACGGGGAAGUGGAGCAAAGAUUAGAUUUGCUUCAAGAACAACUUAACAGACUUGAAUCCCAAAUGACUGCUGACAUCCAGACCAUCUUACAGUUGCUGCAGAAACAAACCACUGUGGUUCCCCCCGCCUACAGUAUGGUAACUGCCGGAGCAGAGUAUCAGAGACCCAUUAUUCGCCUGAUGAGAUCCAGCCAUCCAGCAGCAUCCAUCAAGACUGAUCGAAGUUUCAGUCCUUCCUCACAAUGUCCUGAAUUUCUAGACCUUGAAAAAUCUAAACUUAAAUCCAAAGACUCCCUCUCAAGUGGGGUGCAUCUGAACACAGCUUCGGAAGACAACUUGACUUCACUUUUAAAACAAGACAGUGAUCUCUCUUUAGAGCUUCACCCGCGGCAAAGAAAAACUUACCUUCAUCCAAUUAGGCAUCCUUCUUUGACAGAUUCAUCCCUAAGCACUGUAGGAAUCUUGGGUCUUCAUAGGCAUGUUUCUGAUCCUGGUCUUCCGGGGAAAUAAUCAUUUUGUACUAUUUACUCCACAUACAAUGUAAGUGCUUUUAAUGGCUGUUUUCCUUUUUUUGUAUUUAAAUCCUCUCUACUUGACUCAGGGGCUCACAAGUUACCAUUAUAUGCAAAAGUACUGUAUAUUUUCCUAAAUUGAAGCUUGUAAGGUAAAAUUGAGCAAUUAGGAUGUAAAUAUACAUAUGAACUCUUUUGUUCCAAAUGUUAAAACUGCCAGCAUCUCCAGGCAUCUUAUUUUAUUUUUAUUUAUUUAUUUUUUUUAAAUCACGUGCAUGUUAGGAAACUCCAAUUUCUCUUGCAUGGAGACUCCUACUUACUACUUUUACUAAACCUGUACUUUGUUAUGAAAAUGCCUUCCAAGCAAGUAAGAAACCAAGGGGUGACAUUGUUCAUGGAAGCAAAUCAUGGAAGAUCCUAAACUCACGGAAGUUCCAGGGGUAGAAAGGGAACUUAAGUCACUCAGAGCAGAUACCCUUCUGUUCUGAGAGGUUUAUAGUUAAUUACAUCCAUUUCACCACACUGAAAAAAAAAAAAUAGUUUUAGAGUUCUGAAUCUUCGACCACAUUGGGUGUCCAUCUCCAAAUACAUGAAUAUAGGCCAGCUUUAAUGAGGACAAAAAGGACUUUUGACUUAAAAUUCUGUCUCCAACUGCGUUUACAAACUACCUAACAUAUUUCUCACUGGCACAUUUCCUUGCAUAUUUAGAAACAAGUAGAAACAAGUUUCUCUCUCUUUUUAUUAUUAUUAUUAUUUUUUUUUUUUUUUUUGAGGAGGGGAAGGGAGUCUUCUCAAGAACUGCCAAGGUGUGACUGACACAAAGUGAUAUCUACAGCUUUCCUCUGAUUCAUAUAUUAGGGCAAUCCUGAAUUGGAGCAAAAGAGUGGACACACAUGGUUCUUUUUUAAAAAUGUGCAACCCAGUGGAUUUGCAUGGCAAAACUAGCUCCCAUUUAAGCAUAUGUUGUUCCACGGUUUUCGAUUUAAUCCCAGCUGUGGAAAAACAAUAUGCUUGUACCUGCCUGUAAAGGAAAUGAAGACACCAGCAGUAAAAUUUGUUUUGUUCAGUUACUCAAACACAUUUGUUAAUCAAAGAUUAAAUGAAAAUGCAUUCUGUAUGAAUUGGGCUGAAUAUAUUUGGACCCCAGAAUAUCAGAACAUACAAUGGAAUAUAUUUUAAAUAUCGUUCACUGUUAGACUUUUUCGGAGGGGGUACGAUAUGCUUCUCAUAAAAUCAGGAUACAGAAAAAACUGCAAGUUAAUUUAAGAUUCUGAGUUGUCAAUUUUUAGUUGUUUUAUUUUUCAAUUCCUUUGAGUACAAUUUUAAUUUUAUUAUGGGCUGAUCUAGUAUAUCCUUUCCUUCUGAACGAAAUCUUGAAAUUUUUUGCAAGUUUCUUCCUUCUUUAAUAAUUCUUACGCCCACAUAUAUUUUUAAAGAAAUAUUAUAUCUGUGUACGUUAUUAAAUGGAUUAGUUUCCAUUCCUCCAGGAUAGAAAUGUAAUCUAUUGACUUACUUUUACCUUUGACACUAUUGGUUUCAAAUAUAAGCAAUUCCUUUAAAUUUACAAAGCUAUUGCACUACUUAAAAUGAUGAAAGUGACCUUAAGUUGCCCCCUAUAUAUUUUUAAAUGGUCACAUGUGUGGGAGGCAAUCUGUAGGCGUGAACACAUUCUUAUCCCUGCUAAAUGUUCGAAAAAAAAGAAAACAUAAGCGAUAAAGUAUGUAUGGCAAAAUGACUAGUCAAUUCAGUAAAAAACAGAACAAGUUUAACUAGCUUCCCAAACCAUUUGGUGUUAGGCAGAUACAAAUUUAAGGACUAAUGCUUUCUUUCCUUCAUUCAACAAACAUUUAUGGGUGCCUAGCUGGGGGAGGCAAAUGGCUAACGUUGAUUCAGAGGACUAUUUGAGGAUUUUAUAUCUAUAGUUAGGCAUAUUUUUGCAGCUGCAACAAAUUUCAUAAGGAUUGCCGGCCUAAGCUCCAGGGAAAGUCAGAAUGAAUUCACCAGAGACUGUCAUUUGUAGAGAGUGAGGAUUUGGCAGGUGAGGAAUUUAGAUCUGAUUGAUUAGUGGAUGCUUCAGCUCCAACACUUGCUGUGACGUGCAUAAAAUCCCACAUAAAGCCUCUAUACUUCUUUAUAAAAACUGAGCAUGAAAAAAAAUAAAUAAAUAAAAAUUGAGCUUGAAGGAAUGGAAAGAUGGGGAAUAGUAUACAAGUUUCCAGCUUGCUAAAAGUUUUGCAUAAGACAUUCUUCCUCUUAAUGCCUUGACAUAAAAUAAUUCCUUGAUAUUAAAAUCUAAGUCUCAGAGAACUGGACAGGAUUAAGAAGGUCCCCUCUUCUAGGAUAUUAGCUUAACAAGAGCCUGGAAAAGCUAACAUGUGAUUAGUUAGGCAGAAAUGUCAGAGGCUUUCAAUGGUUAAAAUGACUUAGAGAUGACCAAAGCAGUUAUCUUAAUUUACAAAAUGCAUCUCCUUAUCCCAGUCAAAGGUCCAAUGCCUGAAAUCACUUGUCAUGCUUGCUGUGGCCAACAGUCUGACCGCUCCAUUGGGGAUCCUCCUGAGAGGCAGGGUUGACUGCCCAUCAGUCCCCGCAGUAGGAGCACUGCUGUCCUCCUAGGUAAUUCGAAGCACUUAAUACAAAUGAUGCUUUCCACCUAAAAAUAGUGAGAUCUGGUUCCCAGGCCUAAAUAAAAUUCCAUCUAAAAUCUGAAGUUUAUCUGAGUGAGUUGUUUUCCUGCUGUUAUUGCUGGGCAAAGAGCGGGACAUAUCCUUUUACCUUAGAGAGGAGUCCCAUGUUCUAAUUAGUUGGUAAGGAAACUAGGAAUGAAAAAUGUUGAAGCAAUGUUCUUGCAGGAGUUUUAAAUUAAAAUUCACCCAUUCAACAGACAUGAGAAGGCAGGGGCAAAUUUGGGACAGCCUCCUUUUCUUAUGUCCAUGGUAAUGGAUUGGUCAUCAGAGAUGAAUUGUCCCGCUCUUCCAGUCAGAAGAUAUGGGUAUCGUAUACGGCCUAGUGGCAUUUGGUGUGAGGUUGGAUAUAUGUAUAUGACAGCUGCUUACAGGUCCUUUUGGAGGUUUAUCUUUAACAGUGGUUCCCAAAAGCCUAAAAGAACCAUUUCUUUAACCAGAUGUCAUUUAAAAUCCCUUCAUAUGUUAUCAAAGGAAAAAGUUUAUCACCUCGUCGGCAUACCUAAAACAAUCAUUCUAACAGGAAAAUCUUUCCCUUGAAGGCUUUUCAUGAUUAAAAAAAGGAAUGUGGGAGAUCGUUAUUAAAAAUGAGUCGCAACACUGAUUUGGAACAUAGUAGUCUUUAAAUUGCUUAUCCAUGAUUGAAACCAAAAGUAGACAAUGUAUUUGAGGAGAUUCCUACUGCAAAUCAAAAUUUUUAUAAAUUACAAAAAAUUUCAGAUCUUGAUUUUUGCACGAUAGAAAAAUGUGUCUAUCAUGUAAGUUCAGAGGCACUUGGAAGACAGAUGAUGAUGUCUUCCCAUGUAGGCCUAGAAUUGGCAGUACUAAAACAGCCAGGGAUCAUGCUAGAAAUGCAUAUUCAUGGGCCCCACCCAGACCUACUGACUCAGAAACUCUAGAGGUGGAACCCAGCAAUCAUCUUUUAACAAGCCCUCUUCUAUAUGAUCUCCAUAAACACAAGAACUUUGAGAAUCACUAACGCAGAGCAUGGGCUCUGCAGUCAGACCCACGUGGGUCUCAGGAGUUCUCUCAUGAAUAGCUGUGUGACCCUGACCAAUUUAAUUUAAUUAACCUCCCUGAGUCUUUUUCCUGAAUUUGUAAAACUGAGAUAAUGGUACCUGCCUCAAAGAAGCUUGAGGAAGAAGUGAGAUAACAUAUUGUAAAGUGCCUGGCACACAUAGGUGCCCCUAAAAUGCUAGAUUCUUUGAUUCUCAUCCAGGACCACGAUAUUAAAAACAAUCAGGAAGACAAAAAGUUUUUUCCACAAUAAAGCUUUUCUGUAAUGUGCUAUGCCUCCAGCUAAAUAGCCAUUAACAAGACUGAAGGUUUUGAUUCAGAAGACACAAGAGUAGUUACUGUUUUCUCUAAUUGCAUUUUGCACUAUUAGGUUUUUAGCUUUAAAGUAAUACUAUUUAUAAUGAUAGUGAGAGUAUGAAUGUCAUUGUUACAAACCUGUGUACUCUGAAUCAGUGAUCUGUUGAAUUCAGUGCUACUAAAAAGUGGUCCGUAAAGACCGGCUCACUGGGGAAGCCCCUCUUUAGAUCCGUGACGUAGUUCCCAGAUGGGUAUUUGGAAAUGCAUUUUCAAAAUAGUGUUGAAAGAGAAUACACUUUCUAUUUUCUCAUAAAAUAGAAUUUAUAGUUGUAGUGGUCCUUUGCAGGCUUCUAGGCCCACACCAUCAUGCACAGAUACGCUAAACAGACUGCCUGCCUAAGUCCAGUGUGCAAUGGUAGAAAUGGCAAGAGACUUGGUGUCAUAAACCUGAAUUAAAAUCCUACCUUCUCCACUUUUAGGACAAACCCUCGGUGAACCCCAGUAGCCAAAAUUAUGAAGGCAAUGUCUUAAAUAUCUUGAGGAGUGUUGGGGAGCCUCUGAAGUACGUAUAUGGAAGUGCUUUGUAAACCAUAAAGCACCGUGUAACUAUAAGCUCUUUAUGUGACUUGUGCAUCAUCACAAAUACAGUGUCAUUAUGGUGGCAGUGCCGUAGCAUGACCUAGGUCUUCUGAAAACCUUCCAUGGCUCUUCCCCCUACCCAACACUGACAGCAUUCCCACUCUGACAAAAAUCUAUACAGUGAUUCUCACAAGGCUCUCAAAGAUCUAUUUACUCAGAGUACGAGAACACCGGUUUUAGGAAAGCUAUCCUCUGCUAUAGCAUCCCCGUAUUUGUCAAAAAUUGUCGGUGUCCAACAUCCAUAGAAUUCUAUAUUUGAGUUGUGAUGGUUUUCUAGGUAUGCAGUACUUUACCCCUUACCCCCUCGCUUCUUAAGUGUUCUCAUUCAAAGCUUCUGUCUCUGGGUUCCACUUAACUUACAACAAAGUGAUGUUACCAUUUUAAAAACUAAAAGGAUGUUUUAAAAUGCUUUGUAAGGUGUUAGUUGCUGUGACUGAUCAGUGCCCAACCUUAGAAUAAUUCAUUACAUGUUCUGUAGUACAAAUACACUUGCUCUAAGAAUAUACGAUACAGAAAAUUCACGGAAGACGUGAAUUAUUAAUAAUUGACAGCAUGAAAAGAAAUUAUCACAAGGCCUAUUUAUAUAAACUAUUAAGUGGAGGUUGAGGGAGAUGACUAACAAGACAUUUUUUAAAAUACAUUAUCACUAUGAAUAGGAUGAAACGUCUGUAGGAAUGCAAUGUUAAGAACACAGAACCAUAUGAUCAACUGACCGAUUUCAUUGUUUUAGCAAUCAAAAUCAAACUUUUAAAUGAGUAGCAAGUAUUAGAGAAAUGCUCCCAAUAAAAUGUUUAUUAUGAGAAGUGGCAAAUUUAACAUGAUUUUUCUUGAAAAGCUAAUGUCAAAACUUAGCUGAAUUCCUAACUGGUAGUCAUGAAGUCAUGACAUUUGUGACUUUCGUUAGUGAAUUUAUAUUUUGAGAGAUACAAAAUAAUUUGGUACACCUAUGGUUUUAAAACACUGUAUGUUUAACCUUCACUUUUGGUGUUUCCCUUGUAUGCAUCAUUUUUAAAUGAAAAAUAAUCACACCUGUUAGCACUUAAAUCAUAUCCUUUUUGUAUUGACACUGUAUUAAGUAUUCUGAGUAUAUGUAAGAAAAUUCCACACCAUCUCAUCAACCUCAUUUAUUUUGGAGUAAAAUUUAAGGACUGGUCAUCUUAUACUUACCUCCUCCACAGUCUCUUCAGAAGAUACAAUGUUACAAUAACAUUGAAUAUGGCACCCUUUUUCCAAACAUAAAAACACCGAGGAAACCCUAGUUUUCAUCUCCCGGGUACCUACUGACUUUAAUUAGACACACCUCCUUCUAGCUGAAAUUUGCAUUCUAUGAUUUUGAUAGAAAAAUAUAUACCAGAAUGUUUGCCAGUUCAAUAAUACAUUUCAAAAAAUAAUGCGUGUAAUCAUUUGAAAAUGUCAGUCAUCUGAUAAAAAGAAGUUCACUCACAUUGGUUAAGUAGUAAGUACCUUGGAAUGCUUUAAAUGUAAUGAAACAAUCUACCAAAACACAUACUUUUUCCUAGUCUUUAUGCACAUAAUGUAGCAUGAAAUCAUGACGCUUUUGAAAUACUCUGUGCGGAUAUAUUUAUUUUUUAGCAAAUAUUUUCUUCAAAGAUUGGUAUGUGGGUAUUGGCAGUGUAAUCUACUUGCACAACUAGUUUUGCAAUAACCUACAAAUAACUGUAAAUAAGAAAAAUGUAAAUUUCAUGUAAAAAUGGUUGCAGAUUUUUGGUAGCUAAAAGUGUACAAGUUGUAUUGAAAAUAUAGUAUAUAUACAUAAUUUAAGAACGAAGCAUAUACUUUCUGAUCUAUUUAUACAUGAAAAUUCAAGAAUUUGUAAAAGAAAUUAUUUUGGGGAAAAAGAAAGUAAAUCUCAUUAGCUAGCUUUUAUUAGAGAAGCCAACUAUUUCCAACAUUUUACUAGGUAGAGUGCUAGAUACAGGCAUGGCGGUGCUGAUGUACUUCACGAAAUCCCAUAAUUGCAACAGUGCCACUGCGGUUUUACGGAGUUCACUGGGACACUAGUAAACUGGACUGGGUGGUAAAAGCAUUACGUCUAAAAUUAAAGAACUGUAAAAACAUUUCACUUACUUUUGACUGUCAAGCACACAGUGGUAAUUGACUAAAACAUCUACCGUUCCAUUAUUUAAAAUUUCUGAUAACUGAGCAGGAUUCAAAUUACAUGGGACACAUUUGGUAUAAUGCGUGGAUGGUUCAUUUUUUUCGUCAAGAAUGAAAAUAUCCAGAUAACAUUAUUUUCAUUUGCCUAUGUUUCAUAUAUUCUAAUUCCUCCCCUAGAAUCAUUUAUCUAUUAUUUAAGAAAAAGCAUCUAUCUUCAGAGAAACCUUUUCCACAAAAUCAGUUGGUCAUAAUGUGGCAUUUUCUAAGCUAAGGACUAUUUACUCUGUUUAGUGGUUUAGAUUCUCCACCAUUCAUUUUUUUAGGUUUAAGAAGCCGAGAGAACAUUUUGCUAUUUAAUAAAUGAAAAACCAAAUCAAAUAUAGAUUAGCAGAAACAAACGUAUUGGUAUCUUUAAGUGAGGCUGAUUAGAAAAAGAAGCAAAGUAUGAAUAAGCUAUUUAAAAACUUAAAAUCUCUUGCCAUAAGAGAGAUUUGAAGGUGAUGCAUUUAGAUAGCUUUGGGAAAUUAAAUAUGCAUCCAAAAGUUCGGCUAACCCGAAAAUUUUCUGAUAUGGCCUAUG